AUUCUCCAUACCCGAUGCGCAAUGAAGGAGUGAAGGCAGGGAUGUUUUCCUUAACAUGACGCGAGCAGACGCGAGUUGACAGUUGUUGACAGUUUGAUAAACGGAAAGAGCGAAGCGGGGCUGGUAAUUCACGAUGAGUGACUACAAGAUACCGAUAAUCGAGCCGACUAUAGACUACGCAAAGGUGCCGCCGAUCAACCAGAAGCGCACGGUCUCCUUCAUAAAUCACUUUAUCACUCACACCGUCACGUUUCUCAACAAAUUUUCCUUGUCCUGCGAGGAGAGAUUGUUCGAUUUCGAAAAUAAGUUGCAAAAGUUAGAAGCGUCGUUAGAAAUAUUAGAAUCGCGGUUAUCUUCUAUACCUGGUUUAGAGCAAGAACGUCAUAAAGAGUCAAGUAACGUUAAUGAGAAUGAUACGAGUAAAUUGGAAGAGGUAGAAGUAAAUGAAGUGGAUGAGCCUGAUAGUAGCGAGGCAAAGCCUAAGGAAGAAGAAAAAGAAGUACAGUCCAUGCCACCGGUAACCGAUCCUUCAUUAGCAUUUUAUCGCAACAGGUCUACUCCAUAUACGCUGGUACAAUUACUCCAAGUAGAGUGA